UAAGUCUGAUCAAAUUGAAUCGGUUUGAUUUAGUUCUCGUUCCGAGAAUUGAUCACCCUAAUGAAUUCAGAUUGUUUUUCAUCUUAAAAAUUUGGAAUCAAUCCAAUUUUGUAAUGAAGCUCUCCUUUUGUAAACAAUAACUGCACUAAAAUUAGUAAGGGUAUCCUUUCUUUGUAUCACUUCGAAAUUCCCUCUGUCCGCAUCUCCCACCUCGUUUCUUUUGUUUAAAACCCAAAACUUUCAUUUCCACUGACAGAACUUGCACUUCCUAUUCUCUCUCUUCAGUCAAUGGGUACUCUUCUCAAGCUAUUUUCACCUCCUCCUCUAACUAAACCUUCUCAAAUCAACCAUCCAUCUAGUCAUAUUCUCUCUUCUCCAAAAACCAAUAUCAAACCUUCAAGAAAAUCCCACCAUAGGAUCCACAGCAGCAAAUAUGGAAACUUUCUCGACUUGAAACCUGAAUCAAAGCCCGAGUUGUUAGAUUUUGAUCUCUCAUGGUUUGAUCCUUCUUGUAGAUCUUCCUUUGACGUAAUUAUUGUUGGUACUGGACCGGCUGGUCUUCGCUUAGCAGAGCAAGUGUCUCGCUUUGGAAUUAAGGUAUGCUGUGUUGAUCCUUCACCACUUUGUAUGUGGCCUAAUAAUUAUGGUGUUUGGGUUGAUGAGUUUGAGAGUUUGGGGCUUAUUGAUUGUUUGGAUAAAACAUGGUCUAUGGCUUGUGUUUUUAUAGAUGAUAAAAAGACCAAGUACUUAGACCGGCCUUAUGGUCGUGUUAGCAGAAACAAAUUGAAGACAAAAUUGAUGGAGAACUGUGUUUCUAAUAGUGUUAAAUUUCAUAAGGCUAAAGUUUGGAAAAUUGACCAUCAAGAGUUUCAAUCUUCGGUUAUUUGUGAUGAUGGGAAUGAGAUUAGAGGAAGCUUAAUUGUUGAUGCAAGUGGUUUUGGUAGUAAUUUUAUUGAGUAUAGUAAGCCAAGAAAUCAUGGGUAUCAAAUUGCUCAUGGAGUUUUAGCUGAAGUAGAUUAUCACCCAUUUGACUUAGAUAAGAUGGUUCUUAUGGAUUGGAGAGAUACCCAUAUGGGAAAUGAGCCUUAUUUGCGUUCUAGCAAUUCAAAGAUUCCAACUUUUUUGUAUGCAAUGCCAUUUGAUUCCAAUUUGAUAUUUUUAGAAGAGACUUCUUUAGUUAGUCGCCCUGUUUUAUCAUAUAAAGAAGUUAAAACAAGAAUGGUUGCAAGAUUAAGGCAUUUGGGGAUUAGAGUGAAAAAAGUUAUAGAAGAUGAGAAAUGUUUAAUUCCAAUGGGAGGACCUCUUCCUAUAAUCCCUCAAAAUGUGAUGGCAAUUGGAGGUAUUUCAGGUGUAGUUCACCCCUCAACUGGGUAUAUGAUGGCUCGAUCAAUGGCAUUAGCCCCUCUUGUGGCUAAUGCCAUUGUAGAGUGUCUUGGUUCAACCAGAAUGAUUAGAGGAAGACCACUUUAUAAUAAAGUGUGGAAUGAGUUAUGGCCAUUGGAUAGAAGGUGUGUAAGAGAAUUUUACUCUUUUGGAAUGGAGACUUUGUUGAAACUUAAUUUGAAAGGGACAAGAAGUUUCUUUGAUGCUUUCUUUGAUUUGGAUCCUUAUUAUUGGCAAGGAUUCCUCUCUUCAAGAUUGUCUCUCAGAGAGCUUGCUUUGUUGAGCUUAUCUUUAUUUGGUAAUGCCUCUAAUUUAUCAAGAUAUGAUAUUGUUACUAAAUGUCCUGUGCCUUUAGUUAAAAUGAUGGGUAAUUUAGCUUUGGAAACUAUUUAAUGAUAUUGUUUUGUGUUAAUCUAUCAGAAUAAUUCUUACUUCUUGUUCAGUAAUCAAGGUAGAAGAUCUUGUAAAGACACUUUAAUUAAUAAAUGAGACUCUAUUGGUAGAGAUAAUUAUAACAUUAA